CAGCUAGGAACCCUGGGAAAUUGAGUCCACACUUGUAGUGUGUAGUUUGGGUCGCGUCUGCGCAUGCGCGUGUCGGAGUCUGCUUAGGAAGCGAGAGCUUUGUUUGCGGAGGACAGAAAUACAGUAAGGAAAAUGUCUGGGUUACUGGACGGCAUCAGAUGUGGCGACUGUGAGUGUAAUGUUGACUGGGGGGAGAAAAGGAACACCAUUGCCUCGAUAGCGGCUGGCGUGCUGUUCUUCACAGGCUGGUGGAUCAUUAUUGAUGCAGCGAUAAUGUACCCAAAAGAGGAUCAGUUUCACCAUGCCUACCACACCUGCGGGGUCAUCGCCACAAUAGCGUUUCUUAUGAUCAACGCAGUGUCAAACGGACAGGUGAGAGGUGACAGUUACAGUGAAGGCUGCCUGGGACAGACAGGUGCCAGAGUGUGGCUCUUCAUCGGCUUCAUGCUGGCCUUCGGCUCCCUCAUCGCUUCCAUGUGGAUCCUGUUUGGAGGUUUUGUUGUGCCUGCAAAAGAUGCAGUGUACCCUGGAAUUGCUGUUUUCUUUCAGAAUGCAUUCAUCUUCUUUGGGGGUCUGGUGUUCAAGUUUGGACGCACAGAGGACCUUUGGCAGUGAACAGGCAGCCUCCCUUACCAUGAUAAUCCCUGAGUCUCUCAACACAUCUCUUCCCUCUUUCGCUGUUCUUGUUUUUGUUUUUUUUUUGUUUCCUGCUCUUUAAGUACAAUAUCUAUCUAUGUGCGAAUACCAGCACUCUUCAGCCAUGUUUCAACAGCUGGAGCUGCUUCACUGCUGAACAGUGAGUGGGAGCCUCUGCUGUACAACACACCAGAACUUGGCCUUCAAACAAGAAGAACAAGAACAAGUACAUGUUUGAUUCAAUGUUUAAAUAUUUCAUAACGAUCCUGAAGACCAGGUGUUCGGUCCACAUCCAUGAAAGUUGAGGAGGAGACAGUGGUGUGUAGAGUGCUGGCAUAGCGAACAAACCCUCCAUAUUCAGAUUAUUUUAUUUUUCUUUACUCAGAUUUACAGAUAUUGCACUGGUGGUUUACGUCAGGUUUCCUUAGCGUGACGUUCCCUCAGAUUGUGUUUAGCUUUGUGCAAUAUUCUCCCCAAAUCUCACUCAAUGUGGUCUGAGGGAACCUUCUUAACAAUGGUUUCAAUGGGAUAUUUGAGACGUAGUUUGCCUGUGAGUGAUGAGAAUAUUUUCUCAGUUAAACAUUUGCUUUUUUUAUUAAUAAUAAUUUCAGAGGGGAGAGAAUAUGCGAUGCGAUGAGGUCCGUUUUUUGAUACUCCUAUAUGUUCUGUGUAAAAAGUGUAACAAUUACCCGUAAAACUGCAUCUAACCAGAUUGUCGACUGCUCAGAAAGAAAAAGAAAUGUAAAGCAAGGUUUAAUUCUCACCCUUUCACUUCAGCUCAGUUCUCUUAGUUAUUUGUGAUGUCAUUUUUAAAUAAACUUGUACCAUCCAAUCUAUUUUCACGUCAUUUUAAAUAAAGUAUCCCUCAAUUUCCAUCAUACCUAUCAGCCGUAACAAUAAAACCACCUGCCUGAUAUUGUAUAGGCCUCAUUCGUAUACUGACACAUCAAGUAUUGAACUCUACAACCUCUAAAAUGUCUUGAAGUAACUUCUGGCACCAAGAUAAUGGUAUGGCAGCAGAUUAUCCUAAAUAAUAAUAGCUAAUAUAUAUAUAUAUAUAUAUAUAUAUAUAUAUAUAUAUAUAUAUAUAUAUAUAUAAUUUGGUAUGCAUGACUCAGUUGCCCAUGACCAUGUUCAUGAAUAUUGUUCUUCUUGGAGCAUUUUUGGUAGGUAUUGACCACUGCAUACAUGGGAACACCCCAGAAGACCUGUCUGAUGUUUUGCAGAUGUUCUGACCCAAUUGUCUACAUGUCAGAAAUUGAUUCUUGUCGUAAUGUCUCAAAGGCUACGUUCAUAGUAGGUAAAAGUGGCCCAAAUUUUUUUUCCUUACCAAAUCUGGCUUUUCUCGCUCCUUUUUUAUUAAAAUCUACAUCCAGUGUCUAAAGAGCAAUGCUUCACCUGAAGUUUCGGUUUCAUCUUCUCUAACGUCACAGGAGCUAUCAAAGAGUUCCAGUGGCUGCAGAUGGGUAUAUCACUGGAUUUAUUUUAACUUUUGAUUUAAAACACGCCCUGCUGUGUUCAUGUUUGGAUUUGCAUUGAUGUGAAUCAGAACAGAUUGGGCCAUUUCUACCUGCUGUUUGGACGUAGCUAAAGUGAUGUUUUCUUGUUUUUUCUAUUUUCAAGAACUGACUUUUCACUUGCUGCCUAAUAUGUUAAUCCCAUGUCUUGACAGGUGUCAAUUUAACAAGAUUAACUGUUUAUUUAUUUAUUUUUUUACUUCAAACAUAAGUGGUUUUAAUGUUAUGGCUGAUUGGUGUAUAUCAUCGUCAUGCUAGGCUAACUGAAUUCAGAACAAAUGUCACAGAAUCUUUAGAAAAUGUGCCCCUUCUAUAAAAGUCUCAUGUUGAAUCGAGAGAACUGGAGUUUAUUUGUUGUUUAUAGUUCUUUUCUUUGUUAUUAUAUGUUUAUUUUAUACUCUUGAGUCAGGUUCUGUAGCUUUUACCUUUAAGUUUGCACUCUAUUUAUGUAAAUUGGCUGCUGUACAGAGGAAACCAGUACAAGUCCAGUUUGUCUUACUGUGUAGUCGGCGAUCGAGAGCCGGCAGCGAUGGGAGAAAGCAGCCUUUUCAGCACCAACUACUUUAGUGGUGUUUGUUACUUAGAAACACUAAACGAAUGUACGCUCAUAUAUUUCCUCUAUACUUUUUUCUUUUGUGACGAAAAAAAAAAAAUCAAAGUAAAGAUAUUUCAACCGCUGACUGUGUUUGUCAAAGCAAAUAAAAUUAUUGGAAGUUGGCACAAAACA